CUGGAGAUUUACACUUCCGAAAAUGACGUGCAAGCCAAAGUUAAUGACACGGAGCCUACCCAGAGGAGCAUUCUAAAGGGGAAAUGUCCUCUCUUGUGAUGGAGAAGCAGCUAUAUAGUUCCACAAACUGAGGAUGUCACUGGAAGACACUCUUCCUACAUUCAGGACAUUCCAUGCAGAGGAUAAUGACAGACACCAGCGGGAAUACUGGAAGCGCCAACAGCAAAUGGCAGAAGAACACGAGCGCCAUUUGGCAGAUAUCCAGGCCAGAAACCAGUACCUGGAGCAGCAGAAGGAUGAGAUCCAUAGGCGCCUGUCCGAAUUGAAACUAGGGAACUCAGCUACAUCUCAUAUUGAACAGCUGCUGGUGGAGUUGACUACCCAGGAGGGAAAAAACCAACUGGCUUUGGAUGCUCUGCGGAAACAAGUGGAACUCCUGCAGGUAUCAGCAGAGACCAGAAGCAAACCCAAAUCCCCCAUCAACAGACAGACAGACAGUGCUGAGGGCAACAUAGAGAAGAAGGUCUUCAAGUCUAUGUCAUUUCCAGCAGCAGUUGGACCCCUCUCUUCAGAGAUACAGGCACUUUACCUGGCUUAUUUGCAGGGGGGAGGCAGUGACCAUAACAUCCUCCGUCAGAUGUAUGAGCUGCAGGUGGAGGCCACAGCCCUGGAGAAAGUAGGAGCAAGACCUGAGCACAAGGGCAGAAAGAAGAAACAUGAAGGUAGCCCGAACUCCUACCCACGGGGUUUGGAUGCUGAGCUCCUGUCUGUUGAACUGGAAAACCAGAGGCUGGAAGAUGAGAUAUUAAAGUUGAAGAUCCUGAAGGACAGAAGGAAAAUAGAAGAUGGGUCUUCAGGCACAGAGCUGGCGCAACUGCAGCGGUUACACAUGGCAGAGAUGGCUCAGCUGCAUGCAGAGAUUGGCAGCCUGAGACACGACACAGAGAGGAUGAAGCUAAGACAUCCCAAGAGGGGGUCACCACUACCCCGGCUGCCACCUCCUAUAGCUCCCCCCCUGCCAUCUCCUCCUCCUCAGCAUCUUCUUGGAUUGCCUGACCCUACCUUUCCAGCGAGUAACAUGGACCCCAUGAGAGCAUCUGCCACAGCUAUGAGCCGGUACUUCCUGGACCCUUCUGAUGCUCUGGGACCAGCUCCAUAUGAUCCGGCGUCUGGCUUUGUGAUAUUCUAUGAUUUUAUUUUGGGCCUGGAUCCCACAUUCUAUCAAGUCUGCCUGGUCUCUGGCCUGUUCCGCAAUGGGCAAGAGUUGGGCAAGCCCACCCCACUGCCCGUUGUCUCCUCUGAUAUGGGUCAAUACCCACAGUAUGUGACUGAUGGGCAAAGAGGGUGCUGUGCCAUCUUAGCAGCUAGGCAACCAGUCCCAAGAGUCCUUCCUUCAACCACCAUCACCCUCAUAACCGAGCUCCAAGCAUCUGGAGGCUUUGAUGCUUAUGGGCUGGAGAUCCAGAAUUUGGCCCCCAGGGGGUGGGCCAAAAUCAACAUCUUUGACCAUCUACAUCAAGUGAUGUGUGGGCGCUGGAAGAUCCCCAUCCGAGUGCUUCCUAUGAAGCCAAGCCUCACUCCAGAACAGUUGAAUGGUGUGCCCCAGCUGGGCAAAGCAGAGCUGUACUUGCGACUCGUGAAUGCAAGAGAUGCUGACAUGCAGUCAAUGGCAGAGAUUCAUCCAGGCAAUGCCUCCUUGUACAAAUACCCUCCUACAGUGUCCAGUUGCACAGCACCCCCUACAGACUUUCCUGCAGCCCAGCGCUCUUUCCACCCUGCCCCCACCAGCCUGUUCUUCUCUGUCCCUCCUUACACUGGCUUUGUUGACUCUCCUCCUGAUCAGGAACAGCCUCUCCAAUACAAACCCAAUAAAAGGUGAGAAAGGAGGAAGACCACCCCUUUCUCCUUUCAGGACUAGGCUUUCCUUCUAACGAAGAUAAGUCAGCACAGAAAUGCCUACUGUCUUCCUUUGUAUACGUCUCUAUGUGUUUUGUGUAUAAAUGAAACAACUAAAAGAUUAUCCAUCUCUAAUCCACCCACGUCUGUGAUUUUCUCUGUAUUUUUAGUUAAGGAUAUGGGGGCAGUUUUUAAGGGUGCAUCUGCAUGAGGUUUUGAUGGUGGCAGGAUUGGAUGUACUUACCCAUCUGCACAGCAGAGGGUAGUUACAGUCUACUCUGCCUGCAACUGACCAUAUAAACUAAAGCGCAACAUCAAUUAGUAUUUUCUUUCCACGGACUAUACCAUACCACAAGGAGAGAUUUCUCCUGACCUUCCCAUUGGCAGCAGAACACCAAAAUGUGUUCAGAAUAACUGUUUGUACAUAUGAUCCCUAAAAAUUUAAUUCUUCUGUCAUGAUUAUCUUGAGUCUUCCUUGUUGUGUGUGUCCAUGUCCAUCACUACAAGAUUAAAGACAUUCACACAUUCAUGGCAUGUUAGUCUAUCAAUAGCUGCUAACUGGAACAUCCUAUAUUCAUAGGCUGCCUCAUUAGCAAAUGCUGAGGACACUGCCUUUGGCUUGGUUUAUGCAUUGGAGAGGAUAUAACAGGCACCUUUUUAGUCUUAAAAAAAUAAAAUACAAAAAUCCUCUCUAAAACCAAACUGCCUCUAUUAAAGUAGGCUGAUAGGAUCAUGUUUCUAAUUAUUCCUCUGAGUCAAUUUCAGUGUGAUUACGGUACUUUAUAUUGGAAGUCAUGUACUUUAAGUGCUUGUGAAAUGCAAACAAAAAAACCCCACAAAAAAUAUUGCUGAAAUAUUCACCCUCUUCCUUUAGAAUUAGUGCCCCAUCCACCCUUUUGAAGUGAUCAAUUCUGCAAGUCUUCCCUCUUUAAUCUUUAAGGGAUCACCACUGGAUAAUAUUUUAGUGUAUUAUAUUUUAGUGACGUCAAGGGAUGCCAACAACACGAAGAAGAAGGUUCUCUCAGCGACUGCAAGAGUCAUUCCCCUCUGAACAUUCUAAGCAUCUUGGUAACAUCUGCUAAAUUAGAAUUUUAAAGUGGUUCUGUCCCUACCUCCUAGAAACUGUUCUGGUCAGUACCCCAGAGGUUAAUCCUUCCCCACUCAUCUAGAAUCUCUUUGAAAAAGGAGGCUUCUGCCAAUGGAAAAUGUCAGCACUUGCCUAUUUCCUUUAGGUAGGAAAUGCUGACUGUCAUGGUACCAGCAGGGAUGUAUGUAAGAAGCCACCCUGGCUUAGUAAAGUCUAAGUUUUAGAAUUGGCUAAGGCCAAUACCAAUAAAUGUAGGCUACCAAGAAGUAACAUUUUCUAUUUUUGUUUAUUUAGAAGCUGCUUGCUGUCUUUGAUGUUUCCUUCCGUAUGUGCUCAUCAAUAAGUGCAUCCCUUUGUUUGUGGGCUCUAAAACUGGUGCGAAUCUGUAGGACACCUUCUUUUUUAAAACCAUUGUACUGUGCCUAGUGAUUUUAGCAACAAAAUAUGUCUCUCCCACAUCUCUACAGCCACAACAGGAGUUGCAGCCUUCCAACAG